CCGUCAUAAAGAGCCCAAAGCCACUGGUAUAAGGAUAUAUUCAGCACCCAGCUAUACCAGAACCCUCAUGGUUUUGAGUGUAUUUUUUCUGCACUGGAAGUACCAGUCAGCAGCAAUCAGAGUGGUGCAAGUUGCGCCGAUGCCGAUGGUGAAUCGGCUAUGUGGCUCCAGGCGCCUUGGCUCAGUGCGCUGGCACUCCUGUUGCCCUGCAGCUUUGGCACUCCGAACCAAGACCGGAUCUUCAAAUACAGGUCAUACAGGGAAACCCACAGCUUCUUUGAGCAAUUGCAAGAGAAGUAUCCAAACCUGGUGGAGCUUUGGUAUGCCCAGGAUAUUUUUCCUGAGAUUCUUCCGCGCAAGAUUACUUGGGGCACCUGCGAAGGUGAACCAUGUAAGACUCUGAUCGUUCGCAUUGCCAACAAGCGACUCUUGACCAAUUCAACACCAGAGGUUUUUUUUAGUGGAGCCCUUCACGGUGAUGAAAGGCUUGGUCCCGCCACCGUCACCGAGCUCGCAAGCUUUCUUUGUGAGGAGUAUGGGGUUGACACCCAGGUGCGGCGCUUGGUGGAUUUCCGAGCAACGUGGAUCAUGCCCAUGACCAAUGCCUUUGGCUACGCAGCUCAUCGCCGCGAGGAGAACUCGAUGGACCCUAAUCGGGACUUCCCAUAUUUGCAUACCAGGCCAGAGAGAUGCAUGCAGACUCAGACUGCGCGAGCAGUGAAUGAGCUCUUUCGCCGGCAUCUCUUCCAGUUCAUGAUUACCUUCCACGGGGGAAUGAGAGCGUUGACCUACGAGUGGGGAUCCAGGAAUCAUAUGACCAUGCCACAGAGAAGAUCCACAGAACCGCCUGAUGAGACGGCCUUUCGGGAGGUGGGCCAAGCGAUCCAGGCUGCGGCAGGAAAGACCCUUCACCGACGAUGGUUUUAUCCAUUGGGGCGGAUCAAUGAUUUGGUCUACCCAGUAGAAGGAGGCAUGGAGGAUUGGUCCUACGCAGCAGGCUGGGAGAAGUCACCUACGCCCAUCACAGUUUGCAAACCGAAUACCUAUGGUGGCUAUGCUGAGGAGCGGACAAAGUAUCGCCGCGACAGCAUCAGCACACUGGUCUAUUUGGCAGAAAUGGAUAACUACAAAACUGCCCCAGACAAUUCGCUUGGGCAUCGCCUGGAGAUCUGGAGCCCCAGCGCGACCAACGGGCAUAUCGCUCGGAACCUUCGCAUGUGCCUGAAGACAAUCGAGAUGACACGCCCAGAGGUGGUGGUGUUGCCACCUUCCAUGCCUUCUAGUGCAGGUGAUGGAGCAACAUCUCUCAGUGUUCAAAUCUAUGGCUUUGGGUGUCAUCAGAUGACGGCCAGGUUGGUAGCAGUUCCGAGCAGUGUGGUACCUGGUUGCUUGGUUGGCGAGGACGGGGGUGACUUGGAGCAGGAGCAGUUUCAGCAGAUCCUACAAAAGUCGGUAAAAAUGGACGCGACAGAAGGGCACUGCCGUGGUUUGUCACUUUGGAAUGCUAGCACUCCACCGCCAAGAGUUCUUCAAGGGGCAGUGCCAACUGGAGAAGAGGUGUGUGUGCUGAUCGCUGCAGAGUUCGAUCAACAGUGGGCCCGGCAAACGCGGCCCGAUCCUCUCGUCACGCCACGAUCCCAUGCAGCCCGAGGGAGAUUGGAGGAGCGCUACCAAGUGAAGGCCAAUGAUGGCCCGAUGAUGAUCAAAGCUAGACGUACAAAGCUGUUUGCGGUGGGCGGUCCUAUUCGCCUGGAGGCUACAUCCGCAACAACCAUGACAGCAAAGGACACCGUUGAUCAGCCGGCCCUAGCAAUCAGUGAGGAGACCACGAUGGCCACAUCGGAUCCUCACACUUCACUUGGCUCAUCCAUUUGGCAGCAGGCCAGACUUGUACCGACCACGACCUUUGUCAACCUCCAUCCACGACCCGAAGAGCCUGAGGACGUGACCUAUGCCCAGGACUUCUUCUCGAUUGCCGCGAUUUCGUUUGCGCUGUCGAUUGCAAUGGGCUGCGCCAUGCUUCUGCGCAAUCGACAAGAGGUCGCAAUCAAAGCGAAUGUGAAAGAUGCCCAAACUCGUUCUGAACUAGCAGAAAUGGUGGGCAAAGAUCCCAUCUGAAAUAGAAUAUAAAUUCGAUAUAG